AUGGACCCCUUCGAGGACACGCUGCGGCGGCUGCGUGAGGCCUUCAACUCAGGGCACACGCGGCCGGCCGAGUUCCGGGCUGCGCAGCUCCAGGGCCUGGGCCGCUUCCUUCAAGAAAACAAGCAGCUUCUGCGCGACGUGCUGGCCCAGGACCUGCAUAAGCCAGCUUUCGAGGCAGACAUAUCUGAGCUCAUCCUUUGCCAGAACGAGGUUGACUACGCUCUCAAGAACCUGCAGGCCUGGAUGAAGGAUGAACCACGGUCCACGAACCUGUUCAUGAAGCUGGACUCGGUCUUCAUCCGGAAGGAACCCUUUGGCCUGGUCUUCAUCAUCGCACCCUGGAACUACCCACUGAACCUGACCCUGGUGCCCCUGGUGGGCGCCCUCGCCGCAGGGAAUUGCGUGGUGCUGAAGCCAUCAGAAAUCAGCCAGGGCACAGAGAAGGUCCUGGCUGAGGUGCUGCCCCAGUACCUGGACCAGAGCUGCUUUGCCGUGGUGCUGGGCGGACCCCAGGAGACAGGGCAGCUGCUAGAGCACGAGUUGGACUACAUCUUCUUCACGGGGAGCCCUCGUGUGGGCAAGAUUGUCAUGACUGCUGCCACCAAGCACCUGACGCCUGUCACCCUGGAGCUGGGGGGCAAGAACCCUUGCUAUGUGGAUGACAACUGCGACCCCCAGACCGUGGCCAACCGAGUGGCCUGGUUCCGCUACUUCAACACCGGCCAGACCUGCGUGGCCCCCGACUACGUCCUGUGCAGCCCUGAGAUGCAGGAGAGGCUGCUGCCCGCCCUGCAGAGCACCAUCACCCGUUUCUAUGGCGACGACCCCCAGAGCUCCCCAAACCUGGGCCGCAUCAUCAACCAGAAACAGUUCCAGCGGCUGCGGACAUUGCUGGGCUGCGGCCGCGUGGCCAUUGGGGGCCAGAGCAACGAGAGCGAUCGCUACAUCGCCCCCACGGUGCUGGUGGACGUGCAGGAGACGGAGCCUGUGAUGCAGGAGGAGAUCUUCGGGCCCAUCCUGCCCAUCGUGAACGUGCAGAGCGUGGACGAGGCCAUCGAGUUCAUCAACCGGCGGGAGAAGCCCCUGGACCUGUACGCCUUCUCCAACAGCAGCCAGGUUGUGAACCAGAUGCUGAAGCGGACCAGCAGUGGCAGCUUUGGAGGCAAUGAGGGCUUCACCUACAUAUCUCUGCCGUCCGUGCCAUUCGGGGGAGUCGGCCACAGUGGGAUGGGCCGGUACCACGGCAAGUUCACCUUCGACACCUUCUCCCACCACCGCACCUGCCUGCUCGCCCCCUCUGGCCUGGAGAAAUUAAAGGAGAUCCGCUACCCACCCUAUACCGACUGGAACCAGCAGCUGUUACGCUGGGGCAUGGGCUCCCAGAGCUGCAGCCUCCUGUGAGCGUCCCACCCGCCUCCAACGGGUCACACAGAGAAACCUGAGUCUAGCCAUGAGGGGCUUAUGCUCCCAACUCACAUUGUUCCUCCAGACCGCAGGCUCCCCCAGCCUCAGGUUGCUGGA